GCCUAUGCUGUACAGGCGGCUCGUAGCUCAGCACGUUCCUGCACGUCUUGCCUGAUCUAAGCAAGAUUUUGGUUUCCGGUGCUCAAAGGGCUUCUCCUUAGCCCUUGCCGUACCUCACUCAUCGAUCCGAACCGCAACUUUAUUGGUCUGCGCACCGACGUUCGCUCAUCGUCUUCAGGACAGCCAUGCUGAUUCCCUCGCUUCCCUCCUCUUUCCCGAUCCUUGUACGAUCGCGACAUCCCCACUGAUUCGUCGCGCUAUUCCUGCAACGUCUCACACAACUUGCUCCAACUCUCGCUCUGGCCAUCACGGCGUCUUUUCGAAAUCAUUGAUCCAUGGCCACAUCCAUCACUUCAAACCUACGCGGCACUAUCGUCAAUCGCAUCUGCGACCUCGAUCUGGGUCGACAGGGCCUCGUCGCCGCGCCUAGCGCCACCGGAACCGCACCAGCUCGGGUGGACAUGAGCGCUUCCGCCGCCCCAUCGAAGGGCACAACGGUCGACCAGGAGAUCUACGACCUUCUUGGGGUAGGCUUCGGCCCUGCCAAUCUGGCUCUCUCCAUUUCCCUGCGCGAGAAUGCCGAGGCUGCCGAGAGGGGCUUGCGCUUCCACUUUGUGGAGCGCCAACCUCACUUUGCUUGGCACUCAACCCUCUUGCUGCCAGGGAGCCAGCUCCAAGUCUCGCCCUUCAAGGAUCUCGCUACCAUGAGGGAUCCCACAUCGUCCUAUUCGUUCGUCAGCUACCUUCACUCCAUGGGUCGAUUGGCCGCCUUCAUCAAUCGCGAAGCUACCAUCCCAUCUCGUCGCGAAUGGAGCGCCUACCUCACUUGGGCCGCGAAGCGCAUGGAUGACUACGUCAGCUACGGGGAAGAUGUUGAAUCCAUCGAGCCCGUCGCGGACACCAACUUAGCUGUUUCUGAAGGUGUCAAGCUGCUUCGUGUCACCACCAAGAGGCGCUCGGAUGGUCAUGUCAGAAUCCGACUGGCUCGCAACAUCACCGUCGGCGUGGGCGGCAUCGGCCGUGUGCCUGCACCCCUUGCCAACGUCUACCCAGCUCAACCGUGGACUGCCAAGUCGAGGGUCAUUCACACUUCCACCUUUCUGCCAUCUCUUGCAGCCAUCGCCCCCGUGCUCCGCACUCAAUCCAAAUCCCGCUCACUAAGGAUCGCAGUCAUUGGAAGCGGCCAAUCGGCUGCAGAAUCUGCUUUGCACUUGCACCGCACCUACCCCGAAGCGGACGUCAACAUCAUCUUCAGAGCAUCGGCCAUCGUCCCAUCAGAUGACUCGGCGCUCGUCAAUUCGGCAGCCUUUGAUCCGCACCGGACAGACACCUUCUGGCGCGCCGGAUCCGAGGAACGAGCAGAAUGGCUUCGCGAGUACAAGCGGACGAAUUACUCAGUCGUUCGCAGCGAUGUGCUCAAUGCCAUCGACGAAAUCGUGUACGACCAGCAGAUCGAGUUCGAUGCACCGUGGCCCGGUGCAGAUGGUCCCAGCAAAGGAAGACUCAACCUCCUUCCCAACACGCAGGUGGACAUUUCGCGUCUGGUUGGGGAAGGUGAUGACCAGCAGAUCGAACUUACGACCUCUGACACCAAGCCAAACGCCGAGUCGGAGAGCAAGACUGAGCGCUUCGACCUGGUGGUGCUAGGCACUGGUUUCGAGAGGGCACCAGCAUGCAUGAAGUUCCUCCAACCCUUGGCAGCUCACUUCCCAGCCUUGGAUCCCGAAGCCGACAAGCGUCGCGCAGAGUUGGGCUACCCGCAAGAGGUAGAGACCCUCGAGGCGAGACGUGCAGCGAACGAAGCCGCUGGCGAAAGAGCAGAGGAACGUUUGAGGGAGAGAGUGCGCGGGAUCGCAAGGGACUACCAUCUCGUUCCAUACGCGUCGCAAGCGUUCAGCCCCAAUCACAGAAGCGGCACCUCUAGCCCUACCAGCAGCAGCUCUUCUCGCACGCUCAGCGUCGACGCUACCAGUCGUGAAGGGGUUGCAGGCGCAUUUCAACCGGGCGUCUUUGUGCUGGGUGGCAACGAAGCCACGCACGGUCUAUCAGACUCGCUCCUUUCCAUCAUUGCGCAUCGAGCAGGAGAGCUGACGAGCACGAUCUUGGCACGGACUGGCAGUGUCCGCCGCGAGACUUCGUCCGAAGGCAAGAUCUCGACCGCUAUCCCUAAUUCCGCGGUGACCGCCGAUGCGAUUCCAAAGGCGAGCGGCGAGUCGCUGAUCAAGCCUUUGAUCAACAAGGUCGAGUCCGUUCUGCACGCCUAGCCGCCCUACCAAAAAUUCUGUUAGCCCAAUGCAACUCCCCUUUAUGCACCCACGAGUUGCACUCUUGCACUCUACUUUUACUAGAUUGAAAGAUUGUACAAUAGCCGAGCAAUAGCUCGAACGCCCCAGACGGAAUAGGAAUCGAUCCUUGCAAACCCAACU